AUGAAGUGCAUGCGAGCCUCCAAGCUCAAGGGCGUCCUCGAUUUCUGGAUUUUGCCCUAUGAAAGUCCGUUCUCACGUAAGAUAUUCGACUCCAUAACGCUGCUGAAAGAAGAGGUAGAACGCUGUAAAAACCUCGACUUCUUCAUCAUACACCCCUGCAGCCGAUUCAAAAUCUGUUGGGAUCUGGCGGCUGUCAUCGUGCUUGCCGUGAACAUGAUAGUGCUUCCCGUUCAACAAGCUUUCUUCCACCCAUACACGCUGAAAAUCGGCUGGCUUCUGUUCAAUCUGGUUACGACGGUAUUUUAUCUUAUCGAUAUACUCGUGAACUUUUAUUCUGGCGCAGUGAUGUCGGACAAGAUCUGUAUGAGCCGGAGCUUCCUGAUGCUGAGAUAUUUGAAGGGCUGGUUCCUCAUCGACUUCCUGGGGGCCGUUCCCUUCGAUUUCAUACUCAAGAUACUAGCUAGAUACGAAGGUGAUCACGCGAUGGCAGCAGUCGCUCGAAGUGCGGGGAUACUGAAGAUGCUCCGAAUGCCGUCUCUGAUACGCCAGGUCACAAUUUACCAAGACGUCUUCUUCAACACAGCUCACCGCGUCCACGUGAAAUUAAUCAACGUUCUGCUGUCGAUGCUGCUUCUCGCACAUCUGAAUGCGUGUCUCCUGUACUUCGUGCCAAUGAUCCAGGGCUUUCCCAGAACCUCGUGGGUGGCGAAAAAUAAUGUUCAGGACUUGGCGUGGUAUGAGCAAUACAUAUGGUCUUUUUUCGGAGCGAUCUGUAUCAUGAUAGGGAUAGGUUUCGGUAAAUCCGAACCCAAAGAAAUCCCCGAAGUCAUUGUCACUUGUUUCGUCGUGAUAUCUGGUGCCGUCGGAUACGGGCUUCUCCUCGCCAACGGGACCGCUCUAGUCCAGACUCUCAACUAUUCCAGAACGUCGCACGAGCAGAUUAUGUCAGAGGUGAAGCAGUACAGUCGGUACAAGAAGCUUCCCCUGUCGCUGCAGAAGCGGCUGCGAGAUUAUUUCGAGAACCGCUUCAAGGGCCAAUUCUUCGACGAAGACCGAAUAAUAUCGCAGCUGUCCGAAGUUCUCCGUGAGGAUGUUCUCCGGCACAACUGCAGAGCUCUUGUCUGUAAAGUUCCUUUCUUCGCCGAUGCCGAGCCGCAUGUCGUCGCAGACGUGGUCAGUCGGCUCCGCAGCGAGUUCUAUCAGCCCGGCGAUGUCAUUAUCGCAAGCGGUACGGUGGGGAGCCGGAUGUUUUUCCUGCAGUCAGGAAACGUCUUAGUGAGACUGAAGGACGGGACCGUGGUCGCUCAGUUGAAAGACGGCUCAUAUUUCGGAGAAAUGUGCCUGUUGAGUCAGGAAACGCGCAAUGCUUCAGUCGUGGCCGAAGCGUACUGCAUGCUCUAUUCGUUAGCGACCGAAAACUUCAACGAGAUACUUCAGAAGUACCCUUUUCUCCGGCAAAGCAUGGAACGAAUCGCGAGACUACGCUCUAUCCAGAACCAAGUGACCCAAGCAGAGAGAAGUGGAAUCGAGAUCCACCGGUUCUAG